UUGGAUCCUGCCCACCGCUGCUACAUCCCCUUUGAGGCUAGAGUCUUGCUUGUUUCCCGCGCUUUUCCUGUGUUUGGAUCACCCGUUGCUUUGCGCUCUCGUUCAAGUCUCCCUUCUUGCCCAUUCUGCCUGAGUGAAACAGAUAUCAUGUGGGGCCUCCAAAGACAAAAUGCCCCCAUUGGCGCCAUGCCGAUGCGCGUGGCCAAGAUCCCCUUACCCUUUCUGGUCGCCGCUCGCGCCGACACCGAUCACACGACCGGCCCCGGGCAAGUCGCCAUCACUGGCCGCUACGACUCACGCAAAGACUCGUUCGCCGUCGAUGCUGCGUACGCAAUUGACGACAACAACACCGCGUACGCCACGUACGGCGUCACCGAUGAGAAGCUCGUCGACCUCGGCCUCGAGACGGGCUUCACGGCGUACGGGAGGAGGAAUACUCUUGACAUGACAUACAAUCCACCCAAGGAUAGCGCCAGUAUCAAGCUCGCUGUCAGGCAGGGGAAGACCAAAAUUACUGCGGCCUCGACGUUCUAUAACAUCCAGUCGAGCAAGCUCAGCGAUCACUCGGAGCGCUAUGAACUUGAUGCCAAGUUGAGUGGCGUCGAGUCCCUAAAGAUGUCGUUUGAUGGCAAAUCUAAGGCAUCCAAAGUUAAGGUUUCAAGGAAGCUUGAUCCUAAGAAUAAGCUUGAGGCGGUCUAUAACUAUAAAGACCACACGUCCAGGAGUGCCAGCCUCACGUUCAAGCAUCAGUACAGCAAGAUACACACCUUAUCCAUUGCCACAGACUAUGGUGACCGCAAGUUUAAGGCCGAAUGGGAUUGCAAGACUGACAAUGGACCGUGGACUGUGACGACUGCGUUUCCGUUCAAUGCGAGUCCGCACAAGGGUGAAUGGAAGAUCAAGCGUCGUUUCGAAUUUUAGAUCUCAUCCGUAGCUUGUUGACCCUGACAUGAAUAUAAUUGUGGUUCAUUUUGGCACAGAAAGAGCCCUUUCCAUACCUGUUUUGAUGA